GGCCGAUGAGCUACUGCUAGGUGUAGUGGCACGUCAGUUUCAAGUGUCGGAUUGUGAUUAGGUACUGUACAUAGGGAUGUAUAACAAGUGUUGAUUGUUUAAAUAAAUCCGAACCUCGAUAGAGCGAGUGAGGUGCUACGAGAAGAGUAAUAACCUUUAAGAAUAGUAAAUCAAAUAUUAAUCAAUCAUCCAGUAAUAAAUGAUUGAAAAAUGAUAAUGUGAAUCAAUGAAGGAGCCAUGAAUUGCCAUCAGAUACUGAGUGGUGCCUGCAAUGCAGGCGAUCGUUGUUACGCCGUCGGUUCCGUUGAGGGAAUAUCUUUCACGGCGUACGCAGCAGGAUGCAACAUAGUCAUUCUUGCUAGCAACUUUGAAAGGGUUCAAAUAAUACCAGGUGCGGUACACAACUACAUUCGUAUAAGCUGCCUCGAUUGUAGCACUGACACUGGGAAAAUAGCUGCUGCGUAUGAAAACCAAGUGUGUAUAUUUGAGCCUACGCCACUUAUCCACAGCACGUGUUCCCACCAAUUGGAAUAUCGCUGGGUCCAGACUGGUAGCCUUCAAACAGAUUCCCACAUUAGCAGUUUAUCAUGGAAUUUGGAGGGGACGAGAAUACUGACAGGUGGGGAGCUGCUGCAGCUUUGGCAUCAAAAUAUUCAGCCGUUUCAGGAAGAGCACACAGCGACAAGAGUACAAAAGUUGCAAAUGGAAGAAGCUGGAGAUCCCAAUUCUGUCGGAUCGACUUCACAGGAUCCUACUGGCGGAGUAACUUUUUCCAUUGGUGGAGAGGUGGACAGUCCAGGAGUUGGUGAUCCGAAUACGGGCUCAGAUGCAGGAACUUGGAACUGCGUAUGGAAAUGCCGCACAGCCACCCCCGUGCAUCUUAUGAGUUUCAGCCCAGAUGGCACUCUUUUUGCAACAACCGGACUGAAUGAUAGAUUAGUGAAAAUCUGGUUCGAAAAUAAGCAGUUAUUUCCAACACGAAGCAUGGAUCACUCAAACUUCAGCCAAUCUACAACCAAUGAAAUCAGUUACAGUUUCGUUUAUGUCGCUCAUCCGCGCGCAGUUACUCAAUUGUCAUGGCGCAAAACGAGUAAAUACAUGCCAAAGGGAUCUGUGUCUAACAUGCUGGUUACUUCUUGUCGUGAUAAUAUUUGUCGCGUUUGGGCAGAGACGAUACCACCAGAAAUUGAAGGGCUAGCUAACAUGAGCCAAUUUGAAGGUCCAGACAGACAUGGUCAUCACGGAAAAAACCGGCAUCAUAGCAUGCAUAAGCAUCGUUUCAUGCAGCGUCUGAAACACAUGAAAACUUGUUUUCAUAUUCGACGACACGCGAAACAGCAACAAAAUCAAGCUGGUCAUACAGCUCCUACUCUGCCUACUCUUCCAUCAACAUAUUCGGUUCACGAUUUCCACAACCAUUAUCAAGGCACCAACCACUACCCAGGAAUGCACUUUCAUCUGGCAGCAAGCAUCAACGCCGAAACUGAUAUACCUUUGGUGCCAAGUUUAAUUACUGGAGAUCCCGAGCGAGAGCCAAACUUUAUAUUGCACUGGCUAAACAACAAGGAAAUGCACUUCACUAUGCAGGCCGAGAGCAUUUUACAGGAAUUAACUCGAAAAGUUGUCGAAAAAGAAGAAGGACUACAACAUGAAGGGGACAAUGUAGAUCAUGAUUCAGAAGACGAGCAUACACCGAAGAAGGGAGCCGGGCGUCAUCAACACAACCAAAAAACUGGGGUUGCCGGUAGAUCAGGAAGCCAGGAAGAUCAUAGUAGUGACGAACAUCAUACAACCCACACAUCGUCUCACCACAGUCUACCACACAGUGUACAAUCCCACCAAAGCCUCAGCAAUACGACAUCCAUCAAUUCAAUAGCAACGGAUGCAACGUCGUCUUUAAACCACGUACCAGACUCAUUGGAUACUAAGAUAGAAACGCUGCUUCGUGAUUGGCAUCACAAUCCCGACCUUCUCUUUUCAAUUCAUCCGAUUGACGGCAGCUUUCUCAUCUGGCACAUAGAGUGGCUAGACGAAUACCACCCAGGUUCGUUCAGACAGGCACAAAUAUCAUUCUCUACAAGGAUACCCAAUGCUUUUCCCCUCGGCGAUGCGUCAACGAUGAGUCACAAUGUAUCGAUGUAUUCUCACAACACUGGCGGACCUUUACUCAACAUCAGAGAGGCCACCAAAUCAGCUAGUAAACCUGUAGAAUCUGCCGAGGUGACGACGCCACUGCCAAGUCUCAUUGAGCAAGAUGAAGAACAAUCUACGCUGACCUCUAAGGCUGGUCAGGAACUGCUUAAGAGCGUACAAACUCUUGCUGAGCAAACUCAGAAUGGGACAGCGACUCAGAAUUCACAGGGAGCUGAGAAUGCAAAGAAUGUUCAGGAAACUGUUACAGAUAUGCUCGCACAUCCGAGUCCAAUCGUAUCGAUGGUCUCAAAACAUUCUAAUGGUACACUGAAUUUAUGGCAACUAACUUUUGCCGACAAAACAAAAUUCUCCCAGUUCUUUUUGCAGGUCCUCAGCAUUGGGCAUGCUUGCAGAGCAUCUGGUCACCGUUUCAGAGUCAACGACAUCACCUGUCAUCCAGUAUUGCCACUGCUUGUUACAACCUCGCAUCACAACAUGCCAGAUUUCCCUACUUCUGAAACACCAAUGCCUGGAUCUAUGAGCGAUAUGGAAAAUAAACAAGAUCACGGACGCGGAAAAGAUGUAAUGUCACCUACCGGUUUUUGCAGUGAACUGAUUCUCUGGCGGGUAGAUGCAGUAGGACCAUUGUCGAAGAGCGGAGGCGUGUCUGAGCUUGCUAGAAUCAAUUCCCCAGAGAUAUCGGCAUUCAGUAACGUAGCUUGGAUACCAACAUUGCUUCCUAGUACUACUUUAGGCAGUUUAUCUAAUUCGCCAAGUGCCUGUUUUGUUGCUAGCGACGGAGAGAGCCUCAGAGUUUAUCAAGCAGUUAUAGACGCUAGAACACUAUUGGCUGAGGUUUCUAUCAGUGAAAGAAGAAGCAGAAUGAUGGAUUCUAUGGCCAGUCUAUCGACUGAUACGUCAUCUGAUGACGGACUUAGACACUCCGUACACGACAAAAUUAAGAUAGUUUCACAGCAAUCAACAUCUAGACCGGGUUGUGUUAUCCAAUUGGAUGCAAUAACUGACGCUACACACGACUGGCAAAAUACGCAAUUCCUUCACGUAUUCCAAGAACAACUCAUUACUGGUGAACGGAACGACGAAAAACUUCCCGGAGUUGAAACAUCCACUAAUGACCUAGGGUUUAUGGAGUCUACCUUGGACGCCAUGGUCGAUUUACAACAGUCAGCCAUAUUCGAAGAGCCUUUCUAUAUUGUCGUUCUUGAAAGAACACAAAAAGGAACUACAGUCCACAUGUGGAGGCUGGUUAUCGCCUCGCAACCAGAAACAAGUGGUUUAACUGGAUCCAUGAUGUAUGUUCCUGACUCUCAUCUUGUGCAAGAUGAAGAUGACGAGGGUACGCCAGGUCGGAAUUCACAAUCAGAAGGCAGAAGGUCUCGCAGAACCAGUCAAACGAUGGGUCGAAAUCCGCGUGAUGGUCAGCCUGAGUUUGAUUCUACGUUUCAACACCGUCAUCAUCAGAAUAGCCACGUUUUAAUUACAACGACCAAAGUCUGUACUCAGGAAUUACCUUUGCCUGAAGGUGUCGAGGUUGUACACGCAGCUCCAGCUGCUGGUCAUCUUAGCAGCUCCUCUAUUUAUCCAGCGUGUUUUGCUCCAUACAUAGUCGUCACUGCCUGCAGUGACAGUACGGUUCGUUUCUGGAAAUGUAAAGUUACCAAAACAGGCGAGGAUAAUAUUCUGAGUUACGAAUGGUGUGAAUGGGAGAUGAUACGCAAAAACCAAGAGUCAACAAUCGAUAUAACAGGUCAGCCACUGAAUAUUAGUGCAGCGUACAGUGGAAGGAUAGCUUGUGCAUACAAAUAUGGAAAGUCAUUUACUCGUCCCACAAAAAGUGAUCCUGAUUCUCGUUAUGUGAAUCUUUGUGUUGCGAUAUACGAAUGUGAGAGUACCGGAGGUAGCGAGUGGGUGCUAGAAGAUACAAUACACUUGAAAAACAUACACUUGCCUAGAAUUCAAGUGGAUCAACAUUUGGACUUGAGUUAUUUGUACGAUAGUAAAUUUUUACAAAAAAAACAAAGGCUCACUCAAGUGCUACAAACGCUCAGUCACGAGGAUGUUAGGUCAACACGUAACGGAGAAAAUGGAGACAGUACUAAAGCAGCUGCAGGUCUAUUGGCUGUUCCAUCUUUUAGCACACUUCAGUCACUUCGGAAAUCAAUUAUAGAAAACGGCAAUACAUGUCCCUUGACUCAGAAACACCUUGUUCAACUUGAUUGGGUAUCUAAAGAGGAUGGCUCCCACAUAUUGACUGUCGGCGUAGGCUCGAAAAUCAUGCUCUUCACAUCAGUGAGCUCCGAUCUUGCUCAAGCUAAUAUGAAAGCCAUGAAAGAGUCCCAGCGAACCAAUAGACCAAUACUCAGAAAAACUUCGUCUCUAGCUCAGCCUCAGUUUGUUGAUGAAAUACGCUGGAUGAAAUUGAGAAAAAUCGAACUUACCACAGCUGACGGACUGCCACCACUACCGAUGCAGAUUUCCUGGGUCAGAGACGGCAUUCUGGUCGUUGGAAUGGACUCAGAAAUGCAUGUUUAUUCGCAAUGGAAACCAAAUCCACAGAAUGAUUGUUUUCAUUCAAAUACCCAGAGUCAAGAAUCAGAUGAAUUUCAGGCAAGCAGAAAUCUUAGAGAUGAAGACCUCCGAACUUUGGCGCAAGAAACUUCUCAAAGAAGAUUGGCCAAUGUAUCCUCAAUGCCGCAUCUCUCCCGUGUCAGUAGUAUUAAUUUAACAAUGCUAGAUGCCAAAAAGAAACGUGGAAUGCAAAACGAGAAUGUCACUUUCGACUAUAUGCCUGACAAUGGCUUGUUCGAAGCGUCGAGGAUAGCUUGUCCAGUACUGCCUCAGUAUCAUCCCAAACAAUUGAUGGAGCUCUUAAAUUCCGGCAAAAUUAGAUGGGUAAAGGCCAUUCUGGCUCAUUUGGUCAGAUGCAUUUCAAGCUCUUGUUCCCUUCGAGUAGAUGAUGAAAGUUUGGUGAAACAGCGUGGUGGAUGGUCCAGAUCGAGAACAAUGUCUGUCAGUUAUGUGGGCACAACUUCACCGCUAGAACCAAGAGGUUCGACAACUCAAAUACCAGAGGAAUUGACACUGGAUUAUGCAGAAAUAACAUCCAUUCCCCCUCUGCCAUUGUGGACGCUUUUGAUAGCGGAUAAGGAGACCAACAUGAUAUUGCAGCAAAACGAUGAUAAGCAAGAUUACAACAAACUAUUUGAUGGGACGUUGGAUGAAGAAGAAUCUCUAGACGACAUGUUAGAUGAAGACUAUGAUCACACACGUCAGAAAGAUCGGCGAUCUUCAGUUCCAGAAAGACAAGGCAUAUCACACUUUGGUCCGAGACAAGGAAGAUUGCUGUCGCGCCUUUUAACCCACACUCACUUACCAGGACUAUCUAGUCUUGAUCAAAUGCAUCUUUUAGCCUUGGCUGACACGGUAUCGACUUGCAACACCGAUUUCGCUGAACGUUUUGCUAUCGAUGCUGCGAAAAAUGCAAUAGCCAAGGAAAACUUGACUGGCAUUCCAGCAGGGGAAGAAAUAUCUACUGAUUCUCUGGACGACUGUGGUUUGAGGUUCCUUCUUGCAAUGAAACAUUACAAUUACCUAAUACGCUGUCUUCCACUAUCACAAAGAGCUCAAUUCCAAAAGCAGGGCGUAUCUACUAAUAAUCUUGUAUGGGCUUUCCAUUCAGAAUCUGAAGAUGAACUAUUAGGACUCAUACCUUCCUAUGCUAAAGGGCAGCCAAAGUGGUCAGUCUUGAAGGAGCUCGGUGUCGGAUGGUGGAUAAACAGUAACACAGUAUUAAAACGUUGCGUUGAAAAAAUAGCAAAAGCUGCUUUUCAAGCGAAUCAAGAUCCUCUUGACGCAGCUAUAUACUAUUUAGCCAUGAAAAAGAAAAAUUUGGUUUGGGGUUUGUUCAGAAACAAACGAGACGAGAGAAUGACCGCCUUCUUUUCUAACAAUUUUGCUGAAGAUAGAUGGAGGAAAGCUGCACUCAAAAAUGCUUUCGCUCUGCUCGGUAAGCAGAGAUUCGACCAUGCAGCUGCGUUCUUUUUGCUAGCUGGAGCUUUAAGAGAUGCCAUCGAAGUCUGCCUCAAUAAACUUAACGACAUUCAGCUCGCCAUGGUAAUAGCUAGGCUUUACGAAGACGACAGGGCUCCACCUAAUCUUAAAAGACUACUUUAUGAGGAAAUUCUGGGUUGUGAUAUGGAGGGCAGUAAUGCUGACAUACACAAAGCUCAUCCAGAUCCAUUCCUCCGAAGUAUGGCCUUAUGGAUCCUAAAGGAUUACACGGGGUCAUUGAAUACUUUGCUAUCUACCAAUGUCGGCUCAAACCACCCCCAGUACAACGAUGAAUCAGAAAAACCAGAAGGAAGUACCGCCAAUCCAAACGUAUUCAACUUCUAUGUCUACCUACGCACUCAUCCGUUGUUAAUUAGACAAUACAUUGCGUCUACUGCUCAGGACAAAAGAAAAGGUCACUCAGUUGUCAUCUCUGGCUUCAGUUAUGGUUCGGAAACUAAAACUCAGGCUGAUAAACAGCUGUUAUUAGAAGACAGUAUAACUCCACUCGAGAGGCAGCUGUACUUCACCACGGCACACGCUCACUUCAAGGCUGGCUGCCCGGCACUUGCUUUAGAAGUUUUAUCUAAGCUGCCGAACAAAGUCAUGGAUACUAACUGUGACGAUUCGCCAAGCCUUCUCAAUAGUCCAACGAAGGCAAAAACCCAAGAUGCGCAGAUUGAUACUGGAAUCAUCACUUGGGAUUCACCUGCUCCACAAGCAACCCCUCAAGAGUCGAGUUCAAUGGAUUGGGGUGCACCAGCAAUGGAUUGGUCACAGCAAAUAUCGAAGCAAGCAGAAGAUGAGCUGGUAUUAGACUGGGAGGAUGAUGGCCGUGGAGAUGAGGACGAAGAUGCUGACAGUCCACCAAUGAGUAUGAAUUUGGACAAAAAGGAGAAGAGUAUGGAGCAGAUGUCUAAGGACGAACAAAGCGAUUCCAAACCAACGGGACAGUUGGACAUAAUGGCGCAACAGCUCAAGUUUAUUGCCUGUCUAAAAAUUUUGAUGGAAGAAUUAUCAACAUUAGCCACUGGCUUUGAAGUUGACGGUGGGCAGUUACGAUACCAGCUUCAUGUUUGGCUAGAACGAGAAGUUGACGCGUUAAGACAGUUAUGUAGUUAUAGUACUGGUCCAGACGGUGAUGCAAAUAAUACUUCAGAAUAUGAUGGCGGUAUGAUGGAAGAUGUGCCACCUUACAGACCAGGCGAGCAACCAACGUUGCAUGAAAUUUUACUUGCCGAGAAGUUGGACUUUGAAGCAAAAGUUCAGAGAGCGGCAAAAAGAAAGAAGUGGCUGAAAGCAAAUGAAACGCUAUUGCGAACUCUUCUCUCUUAUUGUUCAUUGCACGGAGCAUCUGGUGGUGGAUUAGCAUCGGUACGAAUGGAGCUGGUGAUCUUACUGCAAGAAUUACAACAGGAAAAAACUCAGCAGCAACUGCUCAGUCCUUUGCCGUUUCCAACGACACUGCCUCUACUUAGUGCUAGUGUUGCAUGUAACAAGACAGUUGUUGCCGAUCCUGUCAGGCAUUUACAGGCUCAAACACAUGAUAUGUUGCAAACUGUGAUUGAACUACGCUCCCCACCUAUGCCUACUCGAAAUACUCAUUACCGCGAGGUAUUCAUUCUGAGAGACUUGGCUGUUGCCCUGAGUGCAUGCAUCUAUCAAUCACUCUGUGACUCGGACACAUUUGUCAUGAAGCAUCAUCAACCAGAAAGUUUCACAACUCAAGCUGAAAUAGAAACGUUUUCGGGCGGACACUUGGUUGCAUCAAACAAGAAUUAUCGUCGAUAUUCGAUAGAUGAUGGAAUGACUAUAACAACGCUGCCAUCAAAGUGGCCUGGUGUAACCAACUUACGAGCACUUUUAGCUCGCGAAAAAGAUGAGGAUGCACCAAAGCUAAAUAUCCUUCUUUGUGAAGCGUUUGUCGCAACUUAUAUGAGUCUGUUUGUGUAUGCAUUGUCCAGCUGCGACAGCCACAUACUCUAUCGUCUAGUUGGACAGAAGUUCGACCAGAGUACUUGGUCGUAUCUGUUUGGUGGCGGCGUUAAAAAACUACUUCGCGUUGCGAGUACGACUAGUCAGAGUGCAAAUGCGAGCGUAGAACGUGGAGACAGUGUUUCGAGCGAAUCACAACCCGGCAGUGCUGCCGGUGGUGUUUGGAGUACCAUGACCUCCCUGACCAAACAGAGAGUUAGGCUGAAUAUGAAACUCCUUGGACAGUUUACUGGACAACAGCCUAAUAUGAAAGAAGACAAACCUACGUACAGGGAACAGUUUGUUUCUCCACAGAUGAGCAUGGUAUCCUAUUUUCUUAUGAAGCCUCAUAUAGAAGGAGAUGACCCGGAUGAAAUAGACUAUGAUUCAGCGGAUUCAGCUGUAUCAGAUUUAGAUUCAUCGUCAGAGGAGGAGGAUGUAUUCGACACGAAUGCAAAACCAAAGACGAAACCAAAAGACAAUACAGAACAUUCAAAUCCAAUUUCUUACAGUUGGUCUGUUAUGAGAUUGGCUAUUGUUAGAAUAUUACAACACCAACUACAAGAUUACCUCACUAUUGCCGGAAUAGAAAUGCAAGAAUUGCCAGUUAGUAGCCCUUUAAUUCACGGAACACUGGGCGUAGUCUCUCUAUGGCAAGAAACGUUGAGAGAAGAGCUCGAAUCAAGAGGUCCACCCCCUGCCAAUUAUAUUCCUGGAUGUGCCCCAGAUCCAACACCUACACCGGGACGGCCUGCGAUACAUAAAUACCGAUCUUUACUGGAAAGAGGGAAUACACCCUUUAACACACGCAUGGCAUCUGCUGCACCAGGCAAUCGUCUAUGGUGCUAUCUAGUGAGGCAAGAACUGGUGCAGGAUAUUUUUAUCAGAGCAGUAUUUGGCAAAAGGAGAUCAUUGUCGUCAGUUAUUGAAAAUAGCCAAUCAGCCAUCGACGGUAUGAGUAGAGGCACCGGUGAAGAUAAAGGUAGUGAUAGUAGUACAAACAGUCUUCCGGAGCCAGUCAGAAUCAUCCAUAAAGAACAGGACAGCAUCAGUGCCUUUUGCCUAAACCAGGUCAAGCCAGGGCUCAUGGCUAUGGCCACGCCCCGAGAAGUACAAGAAAUGGACAUUUCCUUGUUACUCGAACUGCCGUCGUGGUUGGAAGAUGAGUGCGAAUUUGAUAUCAUUAAUCUGAAUAAGCAGCCAGAACCAGAACCCACACAGUCAACCAGCUUUUUGGUGAUACAGACAGCAGCUGAUCGACCGCUCCUUGCCCAGAGCCCACAGCCAAACAGUCCGCAACCGCAGUCAGGAAUAGCUGGUCAAAGUGGCCGUGGUGCUAGCGUGAUGAAGGGGAUGCCUGCUUUCCCUGGCUCCCACGACCUGCGCUUCUGUCAGUUUGUCGCUGAUAGGAGUAAACACUUGUUGAAGCCGGUCCUCAAACAUAAAAUCGAUGGCAUAAGACGUGUAUCUUCACACCCGCUCCUACCGCUGUACUUAACGGGCUCCCAAGACGGUUCAGUUUCCUUGUGGGAAUGGGGCCAUCAGUCAGCAGUAGCAACUCCUCGACCUGCAGGUACCUUUGCUAAAGUGACAAGAGUCCGUUUUUCACAACAUGGAAAUAAGUUUGGAGUUGCUGACUCCGAUGGACACCUCAGCUUGUUCCAAGUCGCCUGUCGAGAAGGCACUACAAGACCAUUUUUCAACUACCAGUGCCACAGUAAGGUGACAGCCGAUUUUGUUUUCCUGGGUGCGUGCAGUUUAGUUGCAACUGCAGGCCAUGGCUCCGAGGGUCGCAAUGUGGCACUAUGGGAUACGCUUCUUCCGCAAAACAAGUCACUUGUACAAGGUUUCGUAUGCCAUGACCAGGGUUCAAGCUCGGUGAUCUUGGCACCACAACACCAACUUUUAAUUAGCGGUGGAAAGAAGGGUGAUGUUAAUAUUUUCGAUGUACGGCAAAGACAGCAACGGCACAGAUUUCAGGCUCAUGAAUCGGCAGUUAAGUGCCUUGCACUAGAUCCUCACGAAGAAUUCUUUGUUAGCGGAGCUGGCGAUGGUGAUAUCAAGGUCUGGGGCCUUACCGUCCAUUCUCUACUACAUUAUUUUCCUGGUGAGCACGCGAGAUCAAGCUUUUUCAAAAACAUUGGCCAGGGUGUAACUCAAUUACAAGUUGAUUCAGCUGCCCGUUUAUUUUCAUGCGGUGCGGAUGGUUCAAUGAAAGUUCGCCAACUGCCCGAACGUGACUGUGUAGUGCACACUCUUUACUAGGACUAAGUAAUUCCUAAAGGCUAAUAAACUCAACUACUUCCUACGUUCGAUAUAGUCUUGACACUUCCUAGAGAUACAUGAGUCUCCAAGUAUGUCUCUGUAAUGAAAGUUAGGUGAUAAAGGUAGUUCUACGCAACAACAAGGGAAUGUUGCAAAACCGUUCCCUUCCAUUUUUUCUUCCUUCAACUAUUUUCUGACAAUGAGUAUUAUAACAUUAUAUACAUGCAUACAUAUGCGUAUUCACGUUUAUACAGUUCUGCGCUUCUUACGACUAUUGUGUAGUAGUCAUAAUGGAUAUGAAAGCAAACAAAGAAAUGACAUCAUAUUCUCUGACCACCUUAUGCUCCUGUGCAUAGAAACAUGCAACGUGUAUCGGCACAAUAUAAAUACGAAUGCUAAAUUUAAAAAAAUCAUCUUCAAGCUCGUAUAGAGAACAGAGAGAGAAAGAACAUUUGAUCUCGUUUUGGCCCCUUACGUAUGUAUAUUACACGUACAUACACAAGUCAUCUAUUUCUAUUGGAAUUUCAAUUUCUAUUAUGAUAACUAUCUUAAUUAUUAACAAUCAUUCCCUUUUCUUAUAUAAUAACAAUAAUUAUUAAAUGAAUGUUCAAAAAGAGAAAAAAAAGAGGAGAAUAAUAAAUAGAAAAAAAUCGGUUCAUUAAAAAUAAAUUAAAUGAAUAUAUCUGAACAAACGAUAAAUAAUUCGUAAUUUAAUCAUUAAUUAUGGUUACUACUAGGUAUUCUUCGUAGCGUUCGUUAUGGUAGGUUUUAAUUAACUAUUCGUGUCUAAUAGAGAGAAAAGAAGGAAAUAAUCAUUUCUAAAAUUAUGAUGGAUGUCGGUUGAUAUUAUCUGAAUACAAUGAAUUUAAAAAUAGAUAUUAGUACUGAGAGUUUCUUCAAUGUUUUGAUUAUUUACACGAGGGUUCAUCGUUUAUCAUAUGAUAUAUGAAUAAAAUUUUCGUCAUACUUAUACGGAUUUAUCCAAAAUUCAAUUACUUUCAUUGUAGGCAGAAAUAUUGAACCGGUUUCCGCUUGUUUUAUGCUGUCAAACUAUAACACAGCUAUGUAUUAGCUAGUCGAAUGUGAUUCUAUGAUACGUUUUACUACUUAUUGUUAGAUAGAAAUUUGAACUACCUUAAUUAAAAGGUAUUGUUUUCCUAUGAAUCAUGAAUAUAUUCUGUUAUCAUCAUCAGUGCCAUAAAAACAAAAACAGCUACAUCACAUGAGAAAACUGGCACCACUAAGCCAAAGUAAAAUAUGUUUCCAUCGACGUAUUGUUAUAAAAAAUAAAAUUGUUCAAGAAAUUUACGUGGAGAUUCUUAACAACUGCAUUUGGUUCAAAUUUCUUUAUUUCACAAAUUUAUGUGG